AUGUCAUCUGGACGAUGUGUCGUACUCACUGUAUGUCAUCUAGACGGUGUUUCGUACUCAGUGGGAGACACGUGGAUAGCAGACGAUGGAUGUAAUCUCUGCACGUGCUACAAAUCCGGGAUGCACUGUACCACAGGCGAUUGCACAUUUCCCCACAGAUGUACCUAUCAUGGAAGAAGCUACGUAGAAGGAGACCGGUUCCUGGCAUCUGAUGGUUGUAAUCAUUGUCUCUGUACUCUACACGGGUCUGCCUGUACAGAAAUGGCGUGUAUUGGUACUGAAACCACGACAGCUGCCCCACAACCUGUAGGCAAACGGGAGAUAACUACAACUCCUGCCGCCCCUCAGACUGGCGGAUGCCAUUAUAACGGCAAGACCUACUGGGCCGGUGAUAGCUUCCGGGCGACAGAUGGGUGUAACACCUGUUACUGUUCAGCGCAUGGCGGGGCCUUGUGCACAGAAAUGUUCUGUGGACCAAUGUUACUCUGCCACUACAACGGAACUGAUCAUAAGUCCGGAAGUACCUACCCCUCAACGGAUGGGUGCAAUACAUGUACCUGUACAGAAUCCGGACUCACAGUGUGCACAGAAAGGGCUUGUCUUAGAGGCUGUAUUUACAAUGGACGUCAGUACGAGCAGGGCGUGACAUUUAACAGCGUAGAUGGAUGUAAUGUUUGCAAAUGUUCAGAUGAUGGAUCCUAUUCCUGCACAACAAAACUUUGCAUAUCAAAGGUGUGUGAUUAUAAUGGAAAAAUGUAUAACGUUGGGGAAGGGUUCCCUGCUGAUGACGGAUGUAAUCGGUGUUUCUGUGCUGCUGGGGGCGUGGUUGCCUGUACUAAAAUGUACUGUCCGCCCUCAACUCCUCCACCUAGUCAAUAAA